CGAACUUGGGUUACCUUCACAAAAGCAGUGAUAAGAAAAUGGGGUCAUCAAAACGGAAGAAGGAGAAAAAGAAGGAUUUUGUCAAACCGAAGUUAAAGGUAGGGAAGACCGCUGCCAAGGCUAAUAAUUACACAUCCACCGAUUUCAAAGCGAAGAGAAUCAACAUCUCAUCGUCUUCGAAACACCUGGUCUCUGGCUACUCGAACUCUUCCGCCGAAUAUUUGAAAAAGUUUUCAGUUGUGAGGAAAACGACAAGCAACUUGAACUCGAGAAAGGAAAUUUUAGCUGAAAUCUUAGAAACUUUGAAAAAAGACCCGUAUCAAGAGACUCACCAGGUGCCGUUGGAUGAUUUAAUCAAGAUUUUGAGAACGUUGUUCCUAGACCAGUCGAAGAAGAUACGUACGGAUGCGAGAGAAAUACUGGUUGAGCUUAUUAAGCACCAUAACAACUUGAUUGUCUUGAACCAUGACUCGCUUAUGCUUUUCAUAUUUAGCGCCAUGACGCAUCUCAAGCCAACGAUUCGACAAGACUCCGUAUACACCUUAGGUGCCAUUCUCGACGGUGGCGAAAGAUUGAAAAAGCUUACUGUGGCGAACCACUGGGUUCGAUUAUGGAAAAACAUUCUAAUAUUGAUGAACUGGAAGAAGGAAAACAAAUCUUAUGUCGAUUCCAACGAUUUCAAGGACUACGAUGGAAUGAGACUGGAACAGCUGGGCUUUAUAAACAGAUUCCUUGAGGCGGGAUGCUUUGAAGAGGCUGUAACUUCAGCCUCUGAAGAUUCGACGCUUUCUGCUGUGCAGCAGCAUGGCCUGCUGCAUACUUAUAUGAUAAAACCUAACAUGGGAAUGUUGUACCGAAAUUUAAAACUUUUCGGCAAUGUUAGUGUGGUAUCGAAUAAUAACGCACCAAACGCUGCACAGACGGUGUCUACAGGGACAGCAAAUCAAAAUGACAGCGAAGAUGAAAGUAAUGAUCUAGACGACACGAUGUUAUGCGAGGACAUGAACGAUCGAAUCAAGGUGUUCAUUGAAGGCUUUUAUAACUCUGUUAAAAAUGGACUUACAGAUUUCACCAAAGUUGAAGACCCAAAGACUGUGCUUUUGUCGGAGAAAUUGGUCAAGGUAGUGAACGAAGUCAAGAGCAGAUACGACGAAAUACUCGACUAAAAUGCAAGGCAUAACUUUUUUCUAUAGUUUUGGCUUAAAAACUUUUAUACUAAUAUACAAUCAUAGAGUUUAUUUUUCUUGUUCUUGCACGGGCACUUUCGAGCUUGACUCCUCUGGAGCCCCGUCUGACUGAGAACCGGCAUCUGUGUCUGACUCGGAGCUGGAAUCAUCAUCUGAGGAAGACGAAGACGAUGAGUCCUUGCUUGAGUCUGAUUCUGAAGUGGUGUCCUCAUUGGACUCGUCAGAUGGCCCAGCAUCUUCGGA